AUGUCUUUCUUCGACCAAGUUGUUUUCCUUGGCACGAGUAGUGGAGUUCCCCAGCCAGGCAAACGGAAUGUCAGCUCUCUAGCCAUAACACUGAGGACCGGCCGAUCAGUGAGGAUCGAUGCUAACACAGUUCCGAGAGGUAUCCUGCUACCCCCCUUCAAGAUACUAGUAGACUGUGGUGAGGCCACGCAGCACCAGUUGAUGCUGUCCAAGAUAAAACUGACGAAGAUAGAUGAUAUUCUCAUAACGCAUUUGCAUGGGGAUCACUGCUAUGGCAUCUUCGGUCUAUUGCACUCCUGUUGCAUGGGGGAGCGUACAGAGCCUAUUACUGUGUAUGGUCCGCAAGGCAUCAAGACCAUGAUCGAGACUGUUUUCGCCCUCUCUGGAGGCUGGAAUGGAUACGACCUAAAUAUCGUCGAACUAGAUCCAACUCAGCACACCGAGUUCACCAUUAGCAGUGGUGAUGUAAGAAUCCAUGCGGCUCCACUGAAGCAUCGAGUACCCACUCUGGGAUACAUAUUCACAGAACCGGAUAAGCCUGGUGCAUUAAACGCAUCCCUAGCCGCUCAGAUGGGAGCCCGUGGACCACAGUUCAGAGAUUUGAAGGAAGGUCGAGAUGUUACCCUCAGUGAUGGGACACUCAUACGAGCAGCGGAAGUCGUCGGAGAGACGGCAAAGGGCCGGACCAUCGCUGUUUUGCAGGACACUUGUGACAGUUCAGAAGCUCUACCCUAUUUACAAGGGCCAGACCUGCUCAUACACGAGUGCACCUACCACGAUGCUAUGAGGGAGAAGGCGGUCGAUUUCGGUCAUUCAACGGCGGCGAUGGCUGGCCAGUUCGCUCGUUUGUGUGGAGCUAAGGUCCUGGCGCUCACUCACUUCAGUCCGCGAUACACCGACCCCGAUCCAGAUGCUGAGGAUAGUCUCAGUGUUGGGGAUCUACGACAGGAGGCUCUCGCUCAUGCAGGGCCCGCAACUGUGGCAUUCACAGCUGAAGACUUCAUGACGUUGGCCGGCUCCGAGUUCACCAGAGUUGCAUACAAUCAGUUAGCAAAGAGCACUGCCCUGUAAUUAUCGUUUCUUA